AUGAGUAUCCUCCACUCCCGCGCCACGAACAAUGCCAUCUUCGACAACCCUCCCUUCGCCAAUGGCCGAGAAGCAGAUAUUCACAUCACCAGGCAAGGCUCUGACUUCUACUAUGCCGUCUGCGCCUUCAUGGGCUUCUUCGCCAUCGUCUUCCUCGCCUCCUCGUUGACGAAGCACCGCACCAACCGCCUCUUCUUCUACCUGGUGGCUGCCUAUCACUUCACGGCAUGUGUCGCAUACUACGCGAUGGGUUCCAACUUGGGGUUCACACCCAUCGAGGUCGAGUUCUCGAGGCAGGAUUCUGAUGUUCGUGGUGAUGCACGUCAGAUCUUUUGGGUGCGCUACUGCGACUGGUUCGUCAGCACGCCGCUGAUUCUGUUGACCCUGUUCCUCACGGCCGGCGCGCCAGCUCCUCUGAUUUUCUUGACAAUCUUCAUGGAUGAGUUCAUGAUCAUCAUGGGUCUUGUCGGCGCUGUGACUACGAGCGGCUACAAAUGGGGAUUCUUCGCUUUCGGCUGCGCUGCCCUUUGCGUGGUACUCUGGAACCUCAUCUGGCAAGGACGCAAGUACGCCAGGCAUCUUGGCAGCGAUGUAUCCCGCGCCUACAUCCUCCCCAUGACCAUCUUACUCCUCUCCUGGAUCUGCUACCCCAUCGCCUGGGGCGUCUCUGAAGGCGGCAACGUCAUCGCACCGACCUCCGAAGCAGUCUUCUACGGAGUCUGCGACAUCGUGGCCAAACCCUUCUUUUCCAUCGCCCUACUCUUCCUCCACCGCAAGAUCGACCCCGCCCGCAUGGGUCUCAAGUUCCGCGACUACGAUGAUGACUUCGCAAUCAUGGCGCACCAGAACGGCACUACCCGUGGCCACCACGCACACGACCGCAAGGACUCCCCGCCACUUGGUGAGGGCGUGCGAGCUUCGGAGGCUGCCGAUCACCCCAUUGCUGCCGAUGGUACUGCGGCUCACCACGAUGCUGUUCACCAUGACACUACCACUCACCCAGCGUAA